GACACUUACACUCUUCGAAUUUUCUCGUGAACAAUUCACAAUCACUGUUUGCUGCGACACUUCACCGUCAGAACGGAUUCAUUUGUUUCUGUUGGUCUGUCUACAGAAGUGACUCUGUUUGUUAAUUACUUUGGGAACUUCUCGGCUGCUGCGGAAAACAAUUGACUGUCUACACUCCACUGCAGUGCCUGGGAGGGGGAACGUGGAAUACAGGCCUAUGUAACACUGAUGCCAUGGCCUGGGACGACAUCAGGUUCCAGCUACUCAUUGCGUACUCUAUAAUAACAACAAAUUUCUUGGUUCUGGGCGGAUCAUCAAUACCAUCCAGUCUACAGUUUCCACCUGGCACUAAAUCUUCAAGUUCACCAUCCGAAAUCAACAAUCAGAACACACAUCUUAUGGACAACUGUACUUAUCAAUGGCCAGAAGUAUCCUGUACUGUCAUUGUCAAGGCGGAAUUCCACACCACGGAAGAUAGCAAAGAGUACUUCCGGCUGCUCCUGAUGUUCCGUGUCGUGGAUCCAAAUCUCGAUGAAUCCACAAACUCGACUGCAUCCACAGACAGAAACGCUGUUCUCACCAAUGGGACUACAGCUACGCGCCAGUUACUAGCUCUGAACAGAGCUGACGUCACGCUGGUCAAGUCCUACGAACCGCAAGAAGGAACUGUUGUGGUGUGGCAAGUGUCCCUCCCCGUCAUACUGGUUCUGUCACGCAUGCGCCAAAUUAGACUGGAAGCCUCAUUCAGCAGUAGCCGACCCACUGCAUCAGCUAUGCUGGAUGAGUACUGCAAUGAGAGACCCUGUACCACAAGCGUGGAGAUCUCAACUCAGACCAGCAUUUCAGUAAAUGGUAAAGCUGACAUAUGUACUGAAGAAUUCUGGACGCCUCUCCGAACUCUGAUCCGGAGACGCUUAAAUGGAAGAAUCCGUACGUUGCACCUCGCCCAUGCGCCAGGUGAAUCAGCCAACAUCAGCAAAAUGCUUCAUAAUCUCAAUGAUUUUGGUAUUGAGGAUCUGAUGAUAGUGGGAGUCCACUGGCCUCGGGUCCAGAAGAAGCACCUCCGUCAGAUGUCAGACCUCAAAGUGGUCAACUUAUCCGGCAGUGGUAUUUCCAGCAUAGAUAAUGAUACCUUCGACUCGACACCCAACAUCGAACGCCUGGUUCUCUCCAAGAAUCGCCUGGAAUAUUUGCCCAACAGCAUCUCAUCACUGAGGAAACUGAAAAUGUUAGACCUCUCAAGAAACCCUCAGUUACACGUAGAACACACCGUUAAUAUACUGAAAAAUGUUAACAAUCUCCGUUGGCUGAAUUUAUCCCAAGUGCCAUUGAAAACCUUGGAGCCUCUCAGGCAUAUAAUUCAUUAUACGAAUAGCACGGAACAUAAUGCAACUACGGUCCAACUUUCGGGAAUUGAUUUGAGUGGCUGCGACCUCACCAUUACGGCAGGCGAUGUCGUAUUCUUUGACUUCAUGGCCUCUCUUCUUCACAUUAACCUUUCCCACAAUCAUCUGUCCACAUUGCCAUACAAUAUUUUCCGUUCACUGCACAACUUGGAAUCACUCAAUUUAGCGUCCAACAUUCUGAUAAACGGAUUUAGGCUUCAAAUUGGAGUGAAACAAACUUUAAAACUGCUUGAUCUGUCAAAUAAUAAAUUAUCAAAUCUCGAAUCUAUAUACUUAUCAGGAACAGUGGAGGAAAUCAAUUUAUCUGAAAAUGCAGUAUUGGAGUGGAAUAAGAAGGACGUAUUUCUAAAAGCUGACGACCACAAUCGAACUUGGGUAAAAAGCGUCAAUCUGACACGCAAUGCCAUUACAACGAUUACUGAAAACAUGGUCAUUUCGCUUCUACACUUAGAGAGCGUUGACCUUGGAGAGAAUCCUUUCGAUUGUGACAGCUGUGAGACGCCAACUUUCCAGAGAUGGCUCAGUCAACACAAGAGCACCAAAGUUUUUAAUUUGGGGACCACAAACAAUUUAAUCUGUGUUGGAACAAGAUGGGAAAGAACGGAAAUCAUUAGCGUUCCAUUCAACAACACAUUCUGCUUGCCAGCGGUAGAAAAUGCAAUAUUCGACCCUGCUGUAGUCAUUGGGUUACCAGUGCUGGUUGUAGCGGCUCUAGUCCUGCUGUCCGUCAUCACCGUCUAUGGGUACCGGUUCGAGAUUGCUUACGUAAGACAUCUCGUCAGCAUCCGCCGGCAGAGGCACAUCAGAGAAAAUGAGUCCAUCGCCCAUUACAAGUACGAUGUCUUCGUCUCUUACUGUGUUGCUGACAGAGACUGGGUGAUCGACGAGCUGCAGCCCGAGCUGGAGGACGGCCCUGAGAAGUACCGCCUGUGUCUGCACGAGCGAGACUUCGCGCUGGGCUCCAUAAUUGCAAACAACAUUGUGGAGAGCAUGAAGGACAGCAGAACCACACUGGUCGUUCUCUCGCCUCACUUUGUCAGGAGCCAGUGGUGCAGAUGGGAGUUGGAAGUUGCGAACCACAAAUUGUUUGAAGAUGAUCGCGAAUUCCUAGUUCUAGUGGAGCUCAAGAAGUUGGACAGGAAGGCGGUCCCUCCUCACCUGUCCUACCUGCUGGACACAAGGACCUACCUCGAAUGGCCUGAAACAUCUGGACCUCAUCCUCUUGCCUGGAGGAGACUGAAGUGUGCUCUUGGAGAGAGCUUGUACCAGAGGAGAAAGAGAGACGGGCCUAGCGAGAGAAACAUUGAGUUAACCAGUUCCUGUGACUAAGAUUGCAGACACUGAUGGUUUCGGUUGCUAUUCGAGUGCAGUGUCUCAGAAUUUAGAGAAAACAACCUGCUCCGUCGUAAAAUAAACUUCUAUUUACAAACUCAAAGAAACUAUUUCAAACAAACGUUAUAAGAUAUGGCCAUGCCCGAUAUUUAUUUUCGUAGUCUUGUGAUGCAUCACUAUAUUCACUAAAGCCCUCCGUAGGUUAGAUAAACAAAGUUAAAUUUGUUCCUGUGCUUAACUAAUUAAUCAAAAUGCCAUGAAGACAUGUGGGGGAGUAGUGGUAUACAUCCACCAUCUUUGACCUCGGCAAUAGAGGAAGGUGAGUGGCCAGCUUUACGCCCUGGCCGCUUAACCAUCGGGUAAAGAUCCCCAGGUACACACUGGGUAGGAGAUGAAGUUGGCCUAGAGCCGAGCUGGACGCCAUGAUGUAGAAAAUAAUUUCUUGGCCUUGUGCCUUAAGUUAGAAAUAUUCUAACUUCCUUGAAGACAGCGUAACUGACAGAAGAACAUCGUCUACCAAAAACAAAAUUAGGCUUAUGCAACAUCUUGCCGGUAUAUCAAUGCUUUAUGUAUAAUAAGAAUGUAUUUCAGACUGCAAUUUCGACAUAUACAGACGGCAUGCUUGGCUAUAAUAGAAGACUGUUCUGGCCAUAUUGCUUUGGGCCUGGUGACAUGCAGGUUGCAGUCUGAUGAGAUUAGUUCCGUCUGAAGUGGACAGUAAGUGUAACUGGAACUGGCAGAAUUUAUGGACAAUCUGUCAUCUCAAAUCGAGACAAAUCACACGGCCAUGCGCCCAUCCUCUGAACGUCGAGUACACAGUGCCACUGUUCUGUGGCGCAGCGGAGAAUUAUCAGGGGCGCGCUUCUUAUUGUAAUACAUUAACUCGCUAGUACGUUUCGCAGCUCCUAAUUAACAUAACGAUUUACAGCUAUACAGGAACUUCUGUAACACCUCGUCUUAUUAGUUGAAGCAUUCAGAUUGAAGUUUAUCAUAGGAUCCCUAGUGCGGAUGUUCAAGUUUAUGAUAUUCAUGAUUUAUUGACUGAUGUCCAAUUUAGCGAAAAUAUAACGGUUAUCGAUGUUAUUGCAUACAAAUAAAUUUGUAA